AUGGAAUUGCAUGAGAUAGGUGUAAAGGAAGGUAAGUGGUGGACGGUAAUCGAAAAGGCCUUGAUGCAGAAGAACAAGAAAUGCGAAACUCUGUACGUGGAUACCGAGGGUGGAUUCCAGACGAGCCGUAUAUGCGAUAUCGCUGCUGCCAGUACACCAGAAAUGCCUUUUCAACCGCCCGAUUCACUGCGCAAUAUUCGCGUCAAUCGAUGCAGAGAUUUGGUCGAACUGACAAGUACCAUACAUAGCCUGGAAAUGCUGGUGAAUAAAAAUCCAAAG